AUGUUCCAUUUCCUAUAUCUAAGCUUCUGUCUUUGUUGUAUAAUUAGCUGUUUACAAAUUCUUUCUUCACAGUUGGACAAAUGUCUUAACAUUACAUCAAUUAACAUUCAAACGCAACAGCCAAAGCUGUGGACCACUUGGAAUCAGUGA